CCGGUGCCGCGCCUGCGCAGUGUGGUGUGGGUGCGUGAUGGCGGCGCCCGAGUGGCCGGAGGUCGGGCUGGCGCUGGCGGAGGGGAGGCGGGAGCUGGUGGUGCGGGGCCCGCGGCCCGAGGGUGACGAGCUCGACCCGCGGCUGUACGGGCUGGCGCCGCUGCUGCAGCACCUGGAGCUGAGCGGCGUGGCUGGGCUGCGGGGGCUGGAGGGCAGCGGCGGGCUGGGCCGCAUGCGGGCGUUGCGGAGCCUGGUGCUGAGCGGCGACGGCCUGCGGACUCUGCCGCCGGAGCUGGGGCAGCUCAGCGAGCUGCGGCUGCUCGACGUGUCGGACAACCGCCUGUCCGCCCUGCCCGCCUCCCUCGGCCGCCUGACGCAGCUCAGCAGCCUGAAGGCGAGCGGCAACCAGCUGGAGGCCCUGCCGUCCGAGCUGGCCAACUGCUCCCGCCUCGCCCUCCUCCACCUCUCCGACAACCUGCUGCCGGAGCUCCCUGCCGCCCUGCUCGCCUCCGGACUCAUGCUCCUCAGCACCCUCAGCGCCGCCCGCAACCGCAUCGAGCGCCUCGGCGACGGCAUCUCCGAGCUGCGGGGCCUACGGACUCUGGAUCUAUCGGACAACUUCCUCUCAGAGAUUCCCUGCGAGCUGGCUGACUGUCCCAAGCUGAAAGAAAUCAACUUGAAAGGAAAUAAGUUCAAAGAUAAACGACUGGAGAAAAUGGUAAAUGGUUGCCAGACUAAAUCGAUCUUGGACUAUCUGAAGGCAGGAGGUCGCGGGAAGGGGAGAGGGAAAACAGAGGGAAGUGAGAAAAAUGAGAGCAAGGAGAAAGCGAGGAAGAAAGCUAUGAAGAGAGAUGAUGCUGAUGAAUCAGAUGAGGAGGACCUGAACAAGCUUGUGUUACGAGUGCUGCGUUUUUCAGAAAGUCCUUGCACAGUUCAAGUGAAAGUCACUCCCAAUGUCAAGGAUGUGAGACCCUACAUAGUGUGUUGUAUCAUAGAAGGAAUGCAACUGAGACCAGGAAAUGCUUUGAAAAGAUUCCUCGUGGCUCAGACCAAAUUGCAUGAUGACAUCUGUCUUAAGAGAACAUUGGCGACUAUUGCUACUCAUGAUCUGCAGCUGGUGAAAGGACCGCUAUUGUAUGAUGCCAGGCCCUCCCAAUCCUUGAAGAUUACCCCACUUGGAAGGAAGGAGGUGAAGGCGCUUGAUCUGGUGCGACAGUUACAGAUGGAAGCCGAUGAGCAACGGAAGCAGAAAAAGCGGCAAAAUGUGUCUGGGCUGCACAAAUAUCUCCAGUUACUCAAUGGGAAAGAGAAUUUUCCCUGUUUGGUCGAUGCGGAAGAUUGUGUCAUUUCUUUCCCGCCAAUCACAAACAGUGAAAAAACUAAGAUUAAAAAAACCACAAGUCAGCUGUUCGUGGAAGUGACCAGUUCUGCCAAUCUGCAGGCUUGCAAAGAAGUGAUGGACAGCUUGAUUAUGCGAAUGGCCGAAUUGAACAAGUUCACAGUCGAAAAUCAAGAACAGGAGAUUGUAUCCGGUGACGAGGCUGAAGAGGCGAGCGAAGUAACUGUAGUUCCAGACCCUGCGGUCGAUCAGACCGUGACUCAGGCAGCCACAUCUGAACUGAUCGUGAAGCAAGUGCGGGUUGUUGAUGUGGAUGGGAACUUGAAGGUGGUUUACCCAGCCAAGACUGACCUGAACCUGAAUGUCGAUUGUGUGACCAUUAUCCGAUAGCCCCACACAAAACCUCUCGGAAGAGGCGUUAAACAACUCCUCAUCUGGCGUCCCAAGUGGACUAAAUAUCCCCCGGGAAUUGUUUCAAAAAGCAGCGAGGAGUUUUUCCCGGUGACCUGACCAAUAUUUGACCCUCAGUUAACAUUUCUGAAAAGACUGAUCAUUUGCUCAUUAUGUUGUUGGUGUUUGGCUUGCUAUGAGAAAUUAUUCAUGGUGCUUCAUCCAUUGCAACUGUGUCCACACAAAAAAGGUAUCUACUUGGCGGUGGAGAGCUUUGUAGUGAAAGGGGCAAAGUGUUUUUUUUCCUUUGCCCCUUUUGUGGCAAAAAAGUAAAUAUUGCCCUUUCCAUUGAAGCCCAAGUCUGGUAUUGAAUCAAAGAAACCAUCUUUGAAAAUUUAAAGAGAAGCUUGCACUUUUUUUUGUUUUCCCUAUUUGUGCUUCAGCACCUGUUUUUUCUUUCCUGAAGGUGCAGCGAUUGGCUGGAAUAUAAUUCCAGAAGCUGAUGGUACAUUGCCCGAGUGUCCAGUGUUCAUCCAGGACUGUAAUGCAACUGAAUGAGAGUUGAGCAAACUAUCCUGCAGCAGGACCCUCUCCUCUCUCUAGAAGAUGCACGUGAGCUGAGGUGCAUGUUAGGAUAGAGGGGCCUGCAGUCUAUAUCACAGCAUGCAUUUGUACCCUGUAGGGGUAAGGAAGGAAGGAGGGAGGGAGGGAAUAGAAAUGAAACCAUUAAUACAAUGUCUCAAAACAGUUACUUAUCCAGAAAAUAUUCUGUGAGCAGUGAUUAAGUGCAGUAUUUUGAACAAAAAAUUAUAUUCCAAUUUAGCCUGCCGUUUGUGAAUUUAAAAAAAAACUUCACUCCUUUAGUUCAUUGCAGGGAUUUGGAACAGCAAGCAAUCUGAGUUCAACAGCAUCUGUGAAGGUAAAUGGACAGAACGCUUUGGUCAGGCCUUUAUCUGGACCUGACCUUGGGUGUCGACUGUCAAUUUCCCCCCGCACAGAUAUUGUUUGAUCUGCUGAGUUCUCCAACAGAUUGGUUCCUCCAGAGUCCAAUAUCUGAAGUCUCUUGCAUCUCCAUUGCAGGGACUUGUCGCAAAUGGUGCUUUGCAAAUUGCCUUUCGGCUGAGCUGUGCCAAUAGUCUUGCACUCUUGUAUUUGAGGAUGUCAGGUGUAGACUAUGAAGAAGCAGGUUCACAGAGGACAAGUGGUCCAUGGGAGGGCAAAGCUACGUGUGUAGAGAUGCCUGUGUAAAAAUGAAUCAAUUUUGGUGGAUGUUAUGAGAUGGCAUUAAGUAACAUCUGAAAUAAAACUAGCCUCAUUGGUAAAUUA